AAAUGAUAUAAAAAACUGAAGGGAACAAGACGUCACCACUGCAUCGCCGUCGUCAUCAUAUCAGCUUCACCUUCACUAUCACAACAGUCAGUAUUCAGCAGUCACCAGUGUUUCCAGAACCAAUGUAACUGGAUGGUAAACAGAUGCAGGUUAUCAUAUGGGCAUUCAUUUCAUUUUUAUACGCCUGAUUCGUCUAUGCAGGGCAGUAUGGUUUUAUUUUCUCUCUCUGUUUUCUAUUUAUUCAAGACUAUUUGAAACGUACAUGCACAACCAUGAUUGUUUCAAUCAGUCUUAUUUCCCUUCUUCUCUUCUGAAAUGAAACGAACAUGGGUAACCAUGUUUGUUUCAGUCAGAUUAGUUUAUUUUACUGUGUAAUGAAAUGAAACGAACAUGGGUAACCAUGUUUGUUUCAGUCAGUUUUAUUUCUCACAUUCUCUUCUGAAAUGAAACGAACAUGGGUAACCAUGUUUGUUUCAGUCACUUAUAUCACAUAUUGUCUUCUGAAAUGAAAUGAACAUGGGUAACCAUGUUUGUUUCAGUCAGUUUUAUGUGACAUAUUCCCUUCUGAAAUGAAACGAACAUGGGUAACCAUGUUUGUUUCAGUCAGAUUUGUUUCCCUUAUUCACUUGUGAACUAAAACAAACAUGGUUUCCCAUGUUUGUUUCAGUGAACAUAAUGUUUAAAAUUUCCUAUUAUUUGCAUAGGAACACUGAGGGGGAAAUUAUUCUCACCUAAUCGGACGAUGGAAACUUCAGUAGCAUGUGCUUCAACGAGAAUUGAUUGUUGCCAUUACUACCAACCGCAAAGGAUAUCGCAUUCGAUAGAACAAAGUAAUGCAUUAGAUUGGUCAGCCGACAUUUAAGAAAAAAAAAAGCCAACAGAUUCGAAGUUUGUGCAAUCUACCAGCAGCGCAUAGAAGCCCAUACAUCAAUCUAGCAGACGAAAUAAUUUGAUAAAAUAUUUUGAAUUUUGAAUCGAAAUGUUGGGCGAUGAAAUUUAUAUGCGAGCAAUGUUUCAAUAUUUAAUUUGGUUUUUAAAAAUGUUCAAAUUACUCGGCAUAGAUCGCAUCAGCCUUGUGGUGGUACUAUUUUUCUCGUUUGGUUGAGAUGGUGGACACCAUCUAUUUAGUGAUGCGAAAAAAUGGCAGCAAUUGACUUUUCUCCACGUUUAUCAUCACUCGACUAUGUUCAUGCUCUGGCGGAUAGGAGUGAAAUGGGUUCCCGGUGGCUCAGCUUUUUUUGCUGCAAUGGUCAACAGCUUCAUACAUGUUGCCAUGUACCUGUACUAUGCUCUGGCUGCUUGCGAUCCAAAAGUCCAAAAGUAUCUCUGUUGGGAAAAGUACCUCACUAUUCUUCAGAUGGCACAGUUUGUCUCAGCUGUGGUUCUUGGUUUAAGAGCAUUCGUCUAUGGCUGUGACUUUCCCCUUUGGAUGCAGUAUGCACGAGUGGUCUACAUGUCUUCUUUUCUCUUCCUGUUUGGCCAAUACUACAGGAAUGCUUACCUUCAAAAGAAACAGCAUUCACAGAAGAAAAACAGAUAGAAAAGUCAUCAGAGGCUCAUUCUUUCAACGACUCUGUCAAUCACUUAAAACAUAACACUAAUAGGGUCUCUCCAGGUUUAUUAAUACUCUUUGUGUACGUUUGAAUCUCCUUCUUAUAGAAAUAAAUGAUCAAAAAUCAA